AACAUUAUGCUUUUCACAGUCCAACAGUAAACUUGUGAAACUUUUUUAGUCUUUUAAGAUUUACAUUUUGUGUUUUUUGCGAUUUAAUUGCUAUUAGUAAACAUGAUUAAUCAACAAUCAAGGUGAUUACAGUGUAUCAACAUUUGAAAAGCGCUUUUCAUUUUUUCUAGUUUCUGGUCUUGCAAUUGAAAUCAACUUCAAGUUUAACUUUUUAUUUAAUAAACCAAAAUGGAUUAAUUUACACUUUGAUUGGGUUUCUUUAAAUUAGCUGUAAAUCCCUAAUCAUAGUCAAUGACCAAGCUGACACCAUGACAUGAUGAGGAUUGAUUCAGUGUUUUGUUUACUUGUGACUUGUUAUUAUUAUUGUCAACCAAAAGGCUAUUAAUUUGUGUAAAUCUGUAAUCAACUAAAGUGAUCUGUGAUAGCAAUAAUAACAACAACAUCUUAUUGUACUUUGACAAGAUUAUCAAAAUUGAGAGACAGGUAAAGACAGAGAGUGAAAGGUUUAACCGUCUAAUCAUGGAAACGGCAUCUUUAACUCCUUUAAAUGGUAAAGUUCACCUAACUGAUCAACUUGUUUCACCUUCGGUUGGAUCGUUGAGUUCAUCGCUUUACCUUGUCCAUCAUCACCAUGAUUCAGGUAAAUCAACAACACCAACCUCUGAGCCGGACAAGAAUGGUCAAUCAAUUGAAUGUGUAGUUUGCUCGGACAAAUCAUCCGGUAAACACUAUGGACAGUUUACCUGUGAAGGUUGUAAAUCAUUUUUCAAGAGAUCAGUAAGACGUAACUUAACCUACACUUGUCGUGGUAGUCGCAAUUGUCCAAUAGAUCAACAUCAUCGUAACCAGUGCCAAUAUUGUAGGCUUAAAAAGUGCCUGAAAAUGGGUAUGAGAAGAGAAGCUGUACAAAGAGGACGAGUUCCACCAAGUCAACAUGCAUUACCAGGCCAUAUGACUCCAGCACUGACCAAUGGUGAAACCCUGAUUGGACACACAUAUUCACAAAGUUUCAUAUCUUUACUAUUGCGUGCUGAAACGUACACGCCAACACAGAUAAUUCAAAACAUGCACCCGAGCAAUAUAAUGACCAUUGAAGGGAUAAACGAGCUUGCAGCCAGCAUACUGUUUGCUGCCCUUGACUGGGCACGAAACAUUCCCUUCUUUCCUGAUCUUCAAGUAACCGAUCAAGUAGCACUUCUCCGGGUUGUCUGGUCCGAAUUAUUUGUCCUUAAUGCUUCCCAGUGCUCAAUGACUGUUAACAUAGCGCCUCUCCUUGCAGCCCAAUCGGUUCACUCGUCAACACCUUUUGCUGCCGAUCGAGUGAUAACCUUCAUGGAUAACAUCAGAAUAUUUCAAGAGCAGGUAGAAAAGUUGAAAUCACUGCAUGUGGAUCCAGCCGAGUACAGCUGUCUCAAAGCCAUCGUACUCUUCUCAACAGAUGCUUGUGGUUUAACUGAUGUCCAAAAGAUUGAAGCUCAUCAGGAAGCCUCGCAGUGUGCACUUGAAGAGUACUGUCGAACCCAAUAUCCCAAUCAACCAACACGAUUCGGUAAACUAUUGUUACGACUUCCUUCUCUAAGAGCGAUCAGUUCACAAGUUAUCGAGCAAAUAUUUUUCGUUCGUUUGGUGGGUAAAGCGCCGAUAGAGCAGUUGAUAAGAAACUUGCUGAUUACCGGUGAAAGUGGAUUCACUUAUGGCUUUGUAUAAUCACUGGGAAUCACAAUAAUGAUUACAAUAAAAUAGCAACAAGAAAAUGGUGACAAAAUGGUAACAAUAAUAAUAACGAAAAAACAAUUUCGAUAAUAAUAGUAAUAAUAAUGAUAAUAAUGGUAAUGUACAACGAUAAUACGAGUAAUAAUAAUCAUGAUCAUCAUUCCCUGUUAAAAGGAUAAACUUGUUAUCCAAUUUCAUCUCUUCCCUUCACCCAUCCCACCUCUUAUCAACCCACCUAAGGGAAUACUGAAUAUUGUGAAACAUUGAAAAAGUUCAUUGAAAGUUCAUUCUAAAGUUUUUGGGGAAAAAAACUUUUGAUCGUCAUUCGCUUGAAAUUGAAAUCUUGAGUUGCUCAGAGUUGGUUCAGAGAAAAGAAAUUUUGGUUCGAGUUUCGAUGGUUUUGAUGGUCGGGAUCCAUUUGGAAUGAACUUGAUGAAUGCUGUAAAAAUGUGUACAAAUAAAGUUCGAUUGGACAAAUUGUAAAUGAUUUUCAAUGAUAUUCAUCUUAUUCAAUGUUGAUUGGAAUUAGCAUUUCAUGAUGAUAACUUUAUGAUGAUCGAUUCUCAUCUAAUCUUCCAAAGCAAUUGUUGAUUCUUACUUUAUUAUUAUUAUUAUUUUCUAUUAUUAUUAUUAUUGGAUUGAUGAUUGUUUUUCAUCAUCAUUUGACAUCAUUUACACCAUUUUCACUCGACAUCUUCACUCUUCUCAUCAUUUUUCAUCAGUUUUGUGUCUUUCAUCAAUAAUUUUCUUUCUUUUCAUCUCAAGUUUUCCCUUUUGCUCUUCAAUCUUUGACACAAAGCAGGACAAAAAAGCAUCUCAUCCAACAUUUUCAUCUUUAUGAUAAAAAUACAACACACACAAAAUCUCAUCGAGUGUAUAAAAAAUUGUUUCAUAAUGACUAAUUAUAAUGAUAAUAAAUGAUUAAGAUGACCAAAA